CGGGGGGCGGGGCCAGCGGCCUCCGGCGACUCCGCGUCGGGCUGGACUUCCCGGCUGCCGACCUACGCUCCGCCAUGGCUCCCAAAGGCGGCUCCAAGCAGCAGUCCGAGGAGGACCUGCUCCUGCAGGAUUUUAGCCGCAACCUUUCGGCCAAGUCCUCCGCGCUCUUCUUCGGGAACGCAUUCAUCGUAUCUGCCAUCCCCAUCUGGUUAUAUUGGCGAAUAUGGCACAUGGAUCUUAUUCAGUCUGCUGUUCUGUACAGUGUGAUGACCUUAGUAAGCACUUACUUGGUAGCCUUUGCAUACAAGAAUGUAAAAUUCGUUCUCAAGCACAAAGUAGCACAGAAGAGAGAGGAUGCUGUUUCUAAAGAAGUGACUCGAAAACUUUCUGAAGCUGAUAAUAGAAGGAUGUCUCGGAAAGAAAAAGAUGAAAGAAUCUUGUGGAAGAAGAAUGAAGUUGCUGAUUAUGAAGCUACAACAUUUUCCAUCUUUUAUAACAACACUUUGUUCCUGGUCUUGGUCAUUGUUGCUUCCUUUUUUAUACUGAAGAACUUCAACCCUACAGUGAACUACAUUUUGUCCAUAAGUGCUUCAUCAGGACUCAUCGCCCUCCUGUCAACUGGCUCCAAGUAGACCAUGUCACUUGGCACCCUGCUGUGUAUUAUGUGUGGCCUGUGGUGUAUGAAAAAGGAGCAGGGUGGUCAGUGUGAGAGACACAAGAUGUUUUUAUAGUCUCUGGAGUUUGAGGGUUUGAAAGAAUGUAACAGAAUGUAAUUCGUUAUUUGUUUAUUGGCUCUUUGUGACAGAUUGGUGAAAUUAAAUGAAUUGAAAGGGAAACUCAGAGUACCAGAACAUUUAUUAAAAGGCAAGAAGACUUGUAAUGCGCUCUAAUAACAAGUGGUGAAAAUAACUUGUUUCCUUGAUCUGUCAGAGGUCACAGUAACCUGUGGGCUGAGCUGUUAUUAUUUAUAAUAGUAGCAAGAAGUUAAUAACUGGUUCUCUGCGUUCCAAGCACAAUAUUACAACUUUUUUGAACCAUAAAUAUCAGAAUGAAUUGUCUUCCCAGGGGACUGAACAGAAGCCUCAUGUUUACAAGGCUCUGAAUUUGUUAGUUGAACAUCUCUCCCCACCCUUUGUUUUUGUUUUUUUUAAAUAAGAAAGGCAGCCAAGGUAGAAGUAACCUAAAAAUAGUGCCGCAGGGCUAUGAGAGUUGGCCUGGAGAGUUGAAGCACACACUGUUCAUCUGUAUGACUUUGGCCCUGGGUGGCCACAGAGGUCAAGUUGACCCUGCCAUGUUGGUUUCAUAGGUUGUCAUUGGAAUCAUUAUUUUCCAUGACCAUAGUUUCACACCACUGGAAAAAGUUGAGAGAGAGAGACCCGCUUUCCUGAUAUUGACACGUAAAAAAACCAAAGUGAUUUUGUGAAUGUAAUUCUGGAAUUCUAAGAACUCAUCAAGGAAUUUGCAGUGGUGUAAAUGCUUGUCAGUGUUUUUCCUCUAGAACUUUCUUAAGUUCGACUCUUUAGUCUACAAGUUCCUGUCUGUUGUGAACAAAAUAUCUAUCUCUUCAGCCCUAGAGGGUACAGCUGAGAGCAGUCUUGCAUUUUUUACUAAUGUAUUUAUAGAUAUUAUCAUUUAUUGCCUGUACCAUGAACUGAAAAACUUUGACUUUUUUUUUUACUUAUCAUUAAUGAUACUGGUUUCAUAAUUCUGUAAGCUUUUGGCAGCAUACAUUAAUUUCCUACAAGUUGUACCUUAAGGGGAAUAUAUUGCUGAUCUUUAGUUUUCAUGUCAAAAUUUCAGGUGAACUUUAUAAGUGAUACUUAUUUAUAACUUUUUAAACAGUAUUUGUCAGUUUAGCAUUUACUUCUGUGCUACUAGACGUGUUGGUGUACUGCCUCCAAGAACUUUUGAAAGAGGGGCAGGAAUACAUUUGCAUAGUGACUCCAAUUGUCAGUGUCUGCAUUUGGGUUUAAUUUUCAUCAUUCCUUCUAGAAGUUGGCAGUUCUUUACUCUGCUGUAUUAUUACCCGAGUGGCAUCAUUGGCUAAAAUGGAGUGAAUAAGGAAGAGAUAGACUGCAAAGUACAGCUGGGUAGCACAUAAAGAGGUUCAUUUUUGUUAUAUUCUUCAUUUUUAUUUACUUGUGAUUAAAAAUUCUUUGAAAGUCAAUAGUUUGGUGAUGUGGAAUUCAUGUACCCCAGUACAUUUGUUUACUUGAUGAAAUGAUUCUUAGACAAAUCUUAAAGUGUAACCAGAGCCGAACCAAAUACAUUUUAAACUAUUGGUGAAAACUUGCCACUAGAGGGCAGUGCCUGUGUACGUGAAAAAAAAUUGCCACCAUUUUUGGUAUAAAAAAUUGAUAAAAUUUGUGGGAAAGUGAGUAAGCAAAACUUGUUUUCUGUCCUUUUUCAUUUUUAUCGGUACCGGGGAUCGAACUCACGACCGCCUGCUAGCAAGGCAGGUGCUUAUGCCGCUGAGCUAAAUCCCCAGCCCCUUGUUUUCUGUCCUGAAUAUUUCCUGUGGCACUUUUUAAAAAAAUCCUGAUACUGUUCUCCAACUUUCUAUGCAUUUAUGUGUAUGUGAUUGUGUACUCAGAGUUGGACAGUUUAUGCUAAGGAUUUAUUGUAGUACUUGUGGAAAUUCAGAAAUCUUUCUUCAGUGUUCUUAUCAUCACAAAGAACUAUGCAGUACAUAGAGUUGCGAUGUGCUGAAUCAGACUAAGAUAGUAAAAACCUGCAGGGGAAUUUCCAUCUUAAAAAGACCCUUGCCUAAUACCAGUAAAAUAAAAGGUAUUCUGCAGAAAUUGGGAUUUAAAAGGAUUGCAUUCCUAUUUCCACACUUACAAUGCAGAGAAACUUAGUGGUAAACACAUUCAUUUGUGAAUUUUCGUUUCCUCAUUUACAGUUCAAUAAAAAUCUUGGAUUUUGAAAUGUG